CUGUGAAGGGAAGCCUAUUGUAGGCAGUGCUUUAGCGUUAGUAGUAGGCAAGUGCGUCUGAAAAAAGUGUUUUGAGGGCACAGCGCAUUGACACAUUAUCAACUUCGCAAUUUGAUGUGACAUGAAUACAAAGCGGACCUGAUAAAAGGUUUGCUCGACGAGCUGAUAAACGUUAUUCCCGCACAAUGUUCUGUUAACACAAUGAUUGCCACAUCGUAGUCAAAGUUUAAGUGGCUCGUUCCUAGGAACCAACCUAUUGAAAAUCAUUGAUUGACAACAGUUACAGCAACGGAUUCUCCGGCUGCUGUCACCCAGGUUAAAAGCUACGACUUGGACCCGCCGAAGGAGCGUGACAAAACCCCAGACUCACCAGAGGCUGAAGUCUCUAAGAGCUCCACAGUGAUGUCCAAGGCAAUGAAGUCAGCCUCCAGGUCCAGGUCCCGGUCCAGAUCUUGCUCUGUCUCUCGCUCCAGAAGCAGCUCAAGAUCCAGAUCCAGGAAACAUCGCUACAGUUCUAGGUCCCGCUCUCGCUCCAGAUCCCGUUCUCCAUCUCACAACAACCGAGAGCGGAACUACCCAAGGGAGUACCAGAAUAAUAACCGCGAGUUCCGGGGCUACCACCGAGGCUUCCGGAGGCCCUACUACUUCAGAGGCAGAGGACGGGGCUACUUCCCACGGGGGCGCUACCAGCGAGGUGGGGGAGGCGGCUACAACAACUACCGCCCAAAUACCUGGCAGAACUACAGGCAACACCCCCAGCAGCAGCAACAGCAACAACAGCAGCAACAACAGCAGCACCACACCGACUGCCAGAGACGGGGACGAUCCCGUACCCCGAAAAAGCGCUCGGGUAGCCCUCGUUCCCACAGUCACUCCAAAUACUCUGAUCGGUCUUCCUCGCCCCCAUCACGACACUCCCGCCACUCUUCUUCUUCACGCUCCUCCUCUCCAAGACACAGGCAGAACUCUAGGGAUGACAAGGAGGAGCUUUCCACGACCAAAGAGGUCCAGAAGGGGGGUGGAGUGGGGGAGCCCGUGGAGAUCACAGUGUCUGAUGGGGGCGCUGGGGGAGACAAGUCUAGGACAAACUGGCAGGGUGUGGCGGAUCCCAAUAUAAGCACCAGUCCCAAGAGGUCAAGUCCUCAGGUGCGCUCGGCUGUUAUCAUUGGUCAGGGCACGUCAGCUACAACCCUGCCUAGCCCCUCCCCUACAAGCACUGAUGCCAUAGGCCCCGCUGCCAGUUGUGCACCUUCAUGGCAGACACAGGCAGUAGGCAGCUCGCCUUCGACCAAAAGCCCUUCUCAGAAAAGCUCCACACCUGUUUUCUCUGGCUUUGGCUUUUUCUCAAAAGAUGACAGCCUGGCAGGAGAUAAAGCAGCUAUCUCCUCAGCAUUCAAAAAGUUCUUGGAAGAGCACAAUAAUAAGAAAAGGCUGUCUGGUUGGGAGAAUGGCAGAGACAUGGAAACAAAUGGUGGGGAUGUUGAACGUGAAAAAGGGAAUGGCAUGAAGACCUCUGUUGGCAUUUUUGACAGAGAGUCAGGCUAUGGGACAUCCAAAGGGCCUGAGCACAAUGGCAAGGGGGAGAAAGGGAAGUCCAAGUACAGGGAGGACUUUGACGAUGACGGAAAUGUGUCGUUGAACAGUUUCUUAAAAGCCUCCCCUUUUCUUUCCUCCGAUGGCGUGGAAGAGAAUGAGGAGAAAAAACUUAAAUCCCAUGCCAAAGGUCUCUGCACAGAACGCGAAGACAGUGAUUCCACCAAGCCCAAGAGGAAAGCCACGCUCUCAGCCCGUGAGCUGUUCGAGGAGCGCUUCGGCAAGUGGGAGGAACUGGCGUACCUGCAGGCUGUUGACAAAGACGAUGAUCUUGACGCUAUGGCGGAAGAGAUAUACCGCAGCCGGAAGCAGGAGAAGGCGGCAGCCAUUGCUGCAGCCCUGGCCAAGAGGGAGGCAAUAGCGGGCAUCCUCAGAGGCUUUUCUCCAGAGAAUGUCAGGAGGAAGGAGAGAGCCACCUCCAGCCCAUCCCACACACCCCCACCACGUAGGAACUCUGACCGAGAGUUGUUGUCUGUCAUUGGGGAGGAGUCUCCCUCAAGGGCCUCUGGGAAAAGAGGAUCUAAGUUCAGUGUCAAAAUGGAAUCCCUUAGAGAUGACAUGGCGAGCUCCUCUGAUUUCAUGGCUGGUGAGCGAAGGUUAUCGCGAGAUCUUGUGCAUCUUACUAAAAAGGAGAAGGAGUUUCGUUCUAUCUUCCAACAUAUUCAGGCCACACAGUUACCAAGGAGUCCCUCAGAGCUGUUUGCACAGCACAUUGUCACCAUCGUCCAUCACAUAAAAGCACAGCACUUUCCAUCCAAUGGAAUCACUCUAAAUGAGCGAUUCACCUUGUACCAAAGAAGAGCUGCAGAAAAGGAAACGAUGAAGCCAAGAAAGAGCCCAGAGAUCCACAGGAGAAUUGAUGUUUCUCCCAGUGCUUUUAAGAAACACUCUCACCUGUUUGAGGGGAUGAAAGGUUCCGGGGAUAGCAGUUACAAGGAUGAAGGGAAAAAAAUGAAGGGCGACUCAAUGGACCUUCGUCUGGAUAUUGAGCGCCGUAAAAAAUAUUCUACCCGAGAGAGUGAUUAUAAAUUGGAUAGGGGGAGAGAUUCAGGAGAAUCCCAAGAGUCAAGCAGGGAGAGGUCUGCUGAGAAGUCAUCCAAGCACCACAAGAAAUCCAAGAAAAACAAGAAGAAACGCUCUCGCUCUCACUCCUCCUCUUCCUCUUCAUCUGCCGAAUCUCACAAGGGAGGAGACUACCCCCAUAAGGAGCUUGAGUCUAAAGAGGAAGGCUUUAACAAGGCCAGACUGGGCCCCAGGGGGGACUGUGGGGGUCCCAUGGACAGGGGACGAGGACGCGGAGGCUUUCAGUUUAAAAUAAGAGGAAGGGGCUGGAAUAGCAAUGGCAAUUCUCCGAGCAUGGGCCAGCCAGUCCACCUAAAGAAUGAGGACUGGGACCCAGAAUACACCCCCAAGAGCCGAAAAUACUACUUGCAUGAUGACAGAGAGGGCGAGAGGAAAUGGGUGGACAACCGAGGGCGUGGACGGGGGACUUUAAUGCGUGGCAGCAGGGGCCGUUUCAUUGUCCGGAAGCCCAUUGUUGGCCCACCCAACAACAACAGCAGCCCAAAAUGGACCCACGACAAGUUCCAGGUCAAUGGGGGGGGAGAAGAGCAAGAGCCCCAGGAUGAGGGCACAGAGCAGGACCACAAAGACCAGGAAAAGUCUGAAGACAUAGAGAACACUGAGCAGUAAGAGGUAAACAUUGUACCAGCGCAGUGAAAACAUUCUACUGACUCAUGUCACCAGGGUUGUGUUCAAUAAAUUUAAGAAAACAGACUGAAACAGGUGAGGGACUAAGUGGACUUGUCCAAUAAGAGAUGUCCCCUGCCCUAAGCCUUAAUCCAUCACAAUGUUUGGACACGGGAGAGCAAUGCCCAGAUACACACAUGGACAAUGCACUAUGAGUUAGGAAAUAAUCAGAUGCAUGAAAUGGCGAAUGUCGCUGUAUGGUUUUAUUUCUAGAAACUAUUUUGACACAAUGUAUUCACACAACAUUGUUAUCUUCUUGUCAGGGUAUAGCUAACUUUUGUUGUGUCGGCUUAUGUUAGUAGAAUCACUGUUAGAUAGUGAAUUGCUUUGUUGGAAUAGGAAUUCUACAUAACCAACCACUGCGCUUGAUAAUUCAGCACAAUGAACAGUGCGUUGGGGGCAUUAUGCCUCUGUGUACUGUACUGUUGCAAAAUUGCAUAACACUUCAUCUUUUUUUCUCUUGAUCUAAUGCGUGCAAGUAACCCUUUUUGCGUAGCAUGACAGGAGGAUGUGCCUUACACUUCUAAGAACAUGUCAGUCACAUACAUUUUAUAAAUUGUAAUGUUUAAUUAGGCAAAUGGAUGAGUACUAUACUAGAAGAUAUUUCUUUUUAUAUCAAUUAUACAGUGAUAAAUCGUAAAUAGUUUACUUCUAGUUUUGCACUCAGCUGGUGAAAAUGCAGUUGCUGUUGUCAUAGCAUAACCUACUGUAAGUAGUUGAUUUCCACUGUGUAACAUGCACAUUUGUUGCAUGUUUUUGGAUUGAAGCAGGCCAAAGUUCAGCUAGAUGAAAUCAAAGUCCCUCUCCAACUGACAACUGUGUCUGUUUAUAAUGGUCUAUGUAGACACCCCAUCUCCCAGACAGUCUUUUAUCUCCCCCAGACAUGUCUAAGACAUCACUGAGUGUUUCUUUUUUUAUACAAUGGCAAGAAAUGUUUUUUUCCCUGAGCCUUCUUUGGCCUGUUGAAAUAUUUGUUUUUAUUGAUUUGAAAAUAUUGGUGUACUGGAUUGGCUGAUAAUGAGGGUUUAGAUUUCACUUCUUCACACAGUCAUUGGUCUAUCAUACUCAAAACAGCAUAUAUUGGCCAUAAGUACCAUCCCAUUAUCAUGGUUUUCAUUGAGUACCAGCCUCGUUAGCUUCCAUUCCUACUCUCUGUACUCAGUGUCAUGUGCAAAGUCUGUUCUCUCUGCCGCCUCAAAAUCCAAAACAUUCUAUUGUUAUGAGCUUGAGGAGACCAGUAUUAGUCACUUAUUCAAUAACCUUAGCAUCUAUACUUCAAUCUAUACUUCAAUCUAUACUUCAACCACAAAAUGUAUUGGCUUGGAUUUUAAACCUCUGACUACAACAGCUUGCCUAGCUAACAGCUAUGCAUUUAUAUACACUCACCUAAAGGAUUAUUAGGAACACCUGUUAAAUUUCUCAUUAAUGCAAUUAUCUAAUCAACCAA